AUGGCGAUUGAUGGUCUCGUGCGCUUUCGUUUCGUGCUUGUGUGCCAGGUCAUGCCCGACGCGCCACGGCCUCCGGGGACCGGGGGCAACGUCCACCGCGCGCGGACCCAGCGCGCAGGCGACCGCCGUGUCUUUCCGCCUCGCCCGCCGCCUCCGCUUCAGCGUCCUCCUCAUGGCGCCGCCGAUAAUGGUCGUCGAGGCGAGGGCGGCAGCAGCGGCGCGGGAGGGCGUGGGAACGCGGGAGAGGUGGCGCGCGGGCGGUACACGAGGCGCGGCGGCGGCGUGGCGGACCGCGAGGUGGCGGUGCGUGCCAGCGCGGACCCUGCGGGACGGAAUGCUGCGACUGUCGCCGCGGUUGGUGAGGCGGCGCCACCAUCGCGGGAGGAGAGUGGCGGCGGCGGACGAGGUGGUGGUGGUGUGGGGAGCAAGCGCCCGUCUGCUCCGCCCGCGCAGCUCCCACCGCCCAAGCGGAGGGCGGUCUUCGGGAGUGGGCAGUUCCCACCACCCGCCUCCAGGUGGACCGCGGCUGCUCCUGCUCCGCUCGCUGGUGCAGACGCCGACGCAGGUUCGCGGACACGGUACGAAGGGGAACGCGAGAACAGAGGUUCUGGUGCAUUCGAGAAGCCGGCAGUUGCUCGUCCGCUCGUGGCCCGCAAGGAUGGUGCUGGUGUGCUGUCGAGAGCGGUGCCCCCCAAUGCUGCUGGUUCGAGGGUUCUGAAGAAGCCGUAUGCCAAGGAUGGUGCUGCUCCAAUGGCGAAUACAGGUCGUUAUGGUCCAAAGGCUGGGAUGGUGAAAUCAUCUGGUGCACAGGACAGGGGAAGGGGAGCAGGGAAUGAAGAACUGUGGGGGAAGAAGGUGCCGGUGACAGCCACACGAUUGCCACCAAAGCCAGAUGUCAUAUCUGCCACACGCGCCUUGCAACCUAGCCGUGGAAAGGAUGGCGGAUUCAGUAGCAAGGUGCAUCGACCAUUGGAAUCGGUUGUGCCAGAGGAGAUGUUGACUAUAGAUGAUCAUAGUUCUUUGGCUGAUGGACGUGCUGGAGAAGUACAGGCACAGGAUGACAAAUUAGAGAAAGGAGAGGUUCCCUCCAAGGAGUCUGGGGGAUAUCAGGUUUCUUCCAAUGCUGCUCUGCUUGAUUCUGCAGCUUAUAGGGAUGUUUCUGCAAGAGAUUCCCCUGGUGUAAGUGGGAACUUUGGGAGGAACACAUGGGCACUAGCAGAAGAUGUCAAGGUGAUGAACGAAUAUGGUGGGAGUUCCUACAGAUACAACAGUGUUGCUGCAUCUUUGGCUAAGGAUUCUUCCAAAAAAACCCUGAUGCGUAAGAUAGUAUUUGAAAGUGGUAGGAUGAACAGGAGGACAUCUUCUAAUGUUGCAGCAAGAGUGUCUGGUGAAGGCAAUGUGUUGAGAAGUAAGGACAUGCUUACAAAUCAAAACACAGCCAAGCCAGCCAAAGUGGUUCAGAAAUCUGUACUGGAUACUCAGCAUUUACCAUUUUCCAGAGACAAGAAGGAAACUGUAUGUGGAAGGCAGGUAACCACAAAUGGGAUUCAGGAUUCUGUUGAGCUCACUAAGGAUCGAGUUAAAGCUCCCAUGUCUCCAGACAUGUGCCCCAUGACACACAAAAAGAAGGCCGCUGCAACUAGGGAUUUCUUUGGUCACACAAGGAUGGUGAAGCCAAAAGCUCUAGGUCAUCAACAGAGGAAGAUUGCCUCGACAUCUGUAUCGGGUAGUAAGGGCAAACUGGAUGAUGAGGUGGCUUCCAACUUGAAACUUCAUGACAUAUUUAGGGACAUAAAGUUUCGUGAAAGAAAGCUUGAACUUUAUCUCAAUAGUUCAUCGGGUCUUCCCUCUGUGAGGUGUCAAAGGCAAUAUAGACACAGGAAUGCAGAUGCUAGGAGCAGAUUUAAAAUGUUGUGCAGGAUGUUUGAGUUUGUAUGCCGGACUCUAGUACAAAUUAUGGAGCAGCGUUCAUUGAAGAUGAGAAUUGACUUUCUAGCUGCUGAAGUAAUGAAGAAGAAAUUACCAGGUUUUACCAAACAUGGUCCUAUUGUGGGACAAGUUCCUGGAGUUGAAGUUGGUGAUGAGUUUCUAUACAGAUCUCAGCUUGCGAUUGCUGGUCUACAUCAUCAUUACCGGAAAGGCAUUGACACCACCACAUAUAGAAAUGGCAUGCUUAUUGCAAUAAGCAUUGUUGCUUCUGGAGGUUAUCCUGAUGAAUUGGGUUGCUCAGGUGAACUGAUAUACACUGGUUCUGGUGGGAAGCCUGCUGGUAAGAAGAAAGACGAGGAUCAAAAGCUUAAGUGUGGAAACCUUGCACUAAAGAACUGCAUCAAAACAGAGACUCCUGUAAGAGUGAUUCAUGGAUUUAAGUGUCGGAAUACCGAGAGAGGCAGUCAUUUGGGGGCCAAACUAGUCUCAAGAUACACUUAUGAUGGAUUGUAUUUAGUGGUGGAUUUCUGGAUGGAUGGUCAACCAGGUUCAAGGGUGUUUAAGUACAGAAUUAGAUAUCCAUUUAGGCUUACAGAAAAACAUCAGGGUUGUGACUGCACCAAUGGUUGCUCAGACUCUGUGAGCUGUGCCUGUGCUGUGAAGAAUGGAGGGGAAAUCCCAUUUGACUUAAAUGGCGCAAUUCUCAAUGAGAAGUCCGUGAUAUUUGAGUGCGGUCCAUCUUGUAAAUGUCCUCCUUCAUGCCAUAACAGGGUCAGUCAGCAUGAUAUGAAAAUACCACUGGAAGUAUUCAGGACAACCAAGACUGGUUGGGGCGUAAGAUCUCUAAGGUCCAUUCCUUCUGGCAGCUUCAUAUGUGAGUAUAUUGGUGAGCUGCUGCAUCAAAAGGAGGCUGACAAGAGAAGGAACAACAGUUACUUGUUUGAUGUAGGCCUUAACUAUGAUGAUGAGAAUAUUAGCAGUGGGUUGCUAUCAAAUGUUUCAGGUUUGAACUCUAGCUCUUGCUCCCAGACCAAGGAAGAUGUGCAUUUCACUAUAGAUGCAUCUGAGUAUGGAAAUAUUGGAAGGUUCAUCAACCACAGCUAUUCACCUAAUCUUCAAGCACAAAAUGUUCUUCGGGACCAUGAUGACAAAAGGAUGCCGCAUAUUAUGUUCUUUGCUGCAGAGACGAUUCCACCACUACAGGAGCUGACUUAUGACUAUAAUAACUCUGAAAUAGAUCGUUUCCGAGGUGUGAAUAGAAGAAUGAAAUGCAAAGUUUGUCGAUGUGGUUCUUCACAGUGCCGUGGGAGGUUCUACUAA